AUGAUCCUUUACUCAUUCCCUCUUUUCNCUCACUCAGGAAGAGCCAAACAAACCCCCAACCAAGAGAAAACCAGGCGGCGCAAAAAAGCCAAAGAGAAAGAGAAGAUCACUGAGAGAGAGCAGGUGGAUGAGGAUGAUCUGAAGGAGAGAGCGAGGGUUGCUGGAGAGAUCUGGGUGGCAGAGUCUGAUGGAGAGAUUAUGGGGUGUGUGGCAAGAGACGGUUGGAGUCGGGAUGGGGUAUGUCGGAUCUGCAGGUUGGUGGUCCAAUGCUGGUACCGUAGAGAGGGACUGGGCAGAUUGCUGGUUCAGGGGCUGGAAUCUAAAGUAAAGCAGAGUGGCAUAUAUCGGGUCUAUGCCCACGUGCCCUUUCCUUCCAAAGUGGGUGAGGCUUUCUUUAGGAGGCUGGGUUAUCGUCUGCAGGGUGAGACUUCGGGGAUUGAGGGAGAGGAGGAAGAUGAUUAUGAAGAGCCAGAGAAGGGUUGGAUGGGCUUUCCUUUAACCAAAGUGUUUGUUAAGGAUCUGUAAGGAUCUGUCAUUAAAACAAAAUUUAAGUCUUGAUUUUAGCUACUGAAGAUUCUUCACAUUCAUAAUUGCACCAGUUGGUAUUUUGUAUGUUCAUAUCUCUUUUCCUGUGAAUUUUAGACCAUGGUUAAAAAAGUCAGUUAACGUUCUGACUUUGCCACAAUAGGUGAAAUCAUAAUGUAUAUAUUUAUAAGUAUAUUGUUCUGCAAGAAUAUUUUAAGAUGUUGAAUGUUGCAGAUUUCAUCUCUGGGUUUAACAAGAUGUUAGCUGAGCCGUGACAGAAAGUGACUGAAAAAAUAAGCAGUUGACUGACUUUUUUGGCUAUUAUUCUAAUUGCUUUUAAAGAAACUGUAUGUUUUUUAAGAAAACGGGAUGAAGAGAGUGAAUGAUUUUCUUUCAUUCUUGUGUGUUUACCUUAUUUAUUUAUCUUAUUUAUUGUGUGGUAUUUAAAAAUGAGUGAUAUAUUUUGUAUGUUUCCCUUGACUAUUGAGGAAUAAGCUUUUUAAGGUAAAAAUAAAAGUAUUGC